UCGUAUAUAUUCGAUGAAUAUCACUUAUUUUGAAAUGUAUGGCGUUUUUGCUGAGAAAAAUUACACCCUUAGCAUAAGCUUGAUGUGGAAAGGUGUGGAACAGGGGUUCAAAAAUCCAGAGUUACAGCUUAAGAUCAUUGAUAUUUCAAGUAAUAAUUUAAGUGGUGAAAUACCGAAGGAGAUUGGAUAUUUGGUUGGGCUAGUUUCUCUGAAUUUAUACAGAAAUAAUCUGAGAGGAGAAAUUCCUUGUGAGAUUGGUAGUUUAAGAUCACUAGAGUUCAUCGAUUUAUCAAGAAAUCAUUUCAGUGGGAAAAUUCCUUCUUCUCUUUCUGAAAUUGACAGUCUGGGGAAACUAGACUUGUCACACAACUCUCUUUCAGGAAGAAUUCCAUCGGGAAGACACUUUGAAACCUUUGAUGGGUCUAGUUUUGAAGGAAACAUUGAUCUUUGUGGUAAACAACUCAAUAAAAGUUGUCCUGGAGAUGGAGAUCAAACAAUAAUAAAGCUUUCAAAAGCUGAAGCAACCAAUGAUGACGAAGAGAGCUGUUUCUUUGAGGCAUUAUACAUGAGCAUGGGGAUCGGAUACUUCACUGGAUUUUGGAGCUUAGUAGGGCCAAUGCUACUUUGGCGUUCUUGGAGAAAUUCUUAUCUGAGAUUCCUAAAUAAAUUGACAGACAGCAUGUAUGAUCAGUUGUAUUGA